CCCCUAUCGGCGCUCGCGGACGUAGUCGGCAUUCAGUGCUUAGCGUGCCACGUGCCCAGGACCAAGAUCGUACAGCUCGAGACCACGGUGUUCCUGGCUUUGAGAAAUUGCUCGCGAUGGUCGGACAAUUCACAAGGAGACAAUGGCUGACCCUUAUCGUCAUAAGCAUUGCCGAUUUUGCAAACGCGAUCUGCGUUUCUCUCCAAGCACCCUUUUACCCCCAGGAGGCAGAGAAAAAAGGUGCCUCAGCUUCGGAGUACGGACUUGUUUUCGGAAUAUUUGAAUUGGUCGUAUUUUUCAUCAGUCCAGUAUACGGUCAACACUUAAAUCGAAUAGGUCCAAAGCUGCUUUUCAACGGUGGAAUAUUGACCACUGGGACCUGCGCUAUAUUCUUCGGUCUCCUGGACAGAGUCGCGGGUCACUAUCCAUUCAUAAUUCUCUCCUUCGUGAUUCGGAUCGUAGAAGCCUUGGGCAACGCGGCAUUUCUGACGGCUAGCUUCGCCAUAAUUGCCAAGGAAUUUCCCGACAACGUCGCCACAACAUUCGCCAGUCUUGAGACCUUCUUUGGCUUGGGCCUUAUCGUGGGACCCACCGUUGGCGGAGCCUUGUAUCAGAUCGGAGGUUACACAACGCCGUUCGCUGUCCUGGGCUCGGCACUUUUCCUGGCCGCAGUGAUGACAUCAUUCGUGCUGCCAACUCACGAGCAAAACGCAGAGGAUACCCAGCUGGUCGGAGGUUUCCUGAGAGUCCUAAAAAUUCCGGGUGUAAUGGUCGCCUCAGCAUCGAUUAUCGCGACCAGCAUGAGUAUCGGGUUUCUACAGGCGACCUUGGAGCCCCACUUGCGCCAGUUCAACCUCAGCCCGGUAGUCCUGGGUCUGAUGUUCGUCAUCAAUGGUGGGUUUUACGCCAUGACGGCGCCAGCCUGGGGAUGGAUAUGCGACAAGUACUCGAAGCCACAGGUCGCGACUAUAGCCGGCUGCGUCCUGGUCAUGGUGGGAUUCGGGCUUGUGGGUCCAGCGCCAUUCAUCCCUUGCGAGACGCUGAUCUGGCUGACUGUGCUGGGCCUGGUAAUUCACGGUUUCGGAAUGGCCGCGCAGCUGGUAGCCAGCUUCACCCACGCCCUGACAGAGGCGAUAGCCCAUGGCUUCUCUAACAACCUGGAGACCUACGGUCUGAUAAGCGGACUGUGGACGAGUACUUUCGCUUUGGGAGCUUUCAUCGGGCCCAGUAUUGCCGGCAUUCUACUGGACACCAUCGGCUUCAGGAAUGCAUCGAUGUUCAUAGUCAUACUCCAUCUUCUUGUGGCGAUCGUCGCCAGCAUUUCGUUGAGCUGUUGCACGGGCGGUCCUAAGCCUUACACGGAGAUAGGUUCGAGGGAUGACAUAAGGGAGCCUCUAUCGUACAGCGGAAGGCACGACAGUUCGAGUUUGCCGCUCGGCGGCCGAGCCCAGGGUGUUCCGAUAGACAGACCGAGUGGGAUGAACUCUCUGAUCGCGUGCAACAGUUAUUCGAACAAGGCCAACGCCUGGUCCCGAGCUUCGUGCAGUGGAAGGUGUUCGUACAGUUACGGUUCGGUCGAGCGCAAACGAUACUUGGAGAGCACGACGUGAUAUUCGCGGAGCAGAAAACGAGGAGUAGUUCAGUCAAUUUUCGUCACAUCUGGAAACCGAACCCGGACGAAUAGGUACGAUCAACCUUGCCGAUGUUCUUCGACACUGUCCUUGAUGGUCAUCCACAACCGGUUCGACCGUAAUAAAACCCUCAACGAUUUUCCAUAAGUCGAUGCUUCUUUUUAUCCGUGUAACAGAAUCCAGUAUUUCUCUCGAAAUGCAUACGUACCUAUACAUUUACCUAUGUAUAAUUGUACAUACAGGGGAAAUAGUUGCCGUACGACAAUUUCCACUAUCUAUCCGCACUCGUGUCUCGGCUGAAUGCGUUAUAUUAUACUAAUAAUUAGCUAGUUAAUAUAUUGUUAGGCCACGCUCCGUAAUUCAUUAUAAUUGUUAUUAUAGAUUAUUGUAAUUAUUGUUGUUAUGUUUAAAACGAAGAAUUUAUCAAUUUUUAUCGUUGUUUUGCGGAGUACGUGUCAUAUGGCAGUUCAUACUGCGAUGACGUUUACGUACCCUGGGUUUAGUAAUCUUGUUGAAAUCCUCUGACAAUCAAGCUGAUCAAACCUGAAAUAUGUUUUAACCAACUGCGUCGUACGUUGGAUGUAUGUAUAGUAAAAUUUUAGUGGAAAAAUAUAUUCAUGUUGUUCAGAGAACGGGACUCCCCGUUUGUUUUAACCAAAUGCAUAAUACGUUGAAUGCACGUAUACUGAAAUUCUGUUUUAAAAAUAAAUUCAUGUUGUUCAGAGAACGAGACCGUACGUUUCUCAAAAUCUUGGCUAUUUCAAGAGGCCGUUGUUUCGUUAUUUAUUCCCUUACCGAGCCGCACACACUCUUGUGAAUAUUUGCGACAGAAGGUUUUGAGAACAUCAAUGAGUCACAGGUUGUAUGUCUUGAAAUAAAAAUGAUAAUUUAUGAUAAUUAA